GGUGGGGUGGGCUGCCCUGGUGCUCCCAACCCUCCGGCCCCUGACCAUUCACUCCAGUCUUGCUGCUUCGUGUUACUGUCAUGUCCGCAGACUGCAGGCCCCUCGGACCAGGCCUGCUCCAGCGUGAUUGACAACAGCUUUCCCCAGAUGAAGGCAGCAGGCCGUCAGCUGUGCCCUGGCCACCCAGCCCCUCAGCUCUUGUUACUGCUUCAUGCUUCCUCUGUGUCAUUUGUGAGCUGUCGUUUUGAUCACAGUUCACCACAGGUGACUCAUCCUCCUGCCUGGCUUCCACACUAGAGGGCCAGCUCUCUGGAGGCACUGUGGACACUGUUUCCAAGCACAUCCGUGGAGAGAACGGCCCAGGGCAGGGAGGCUGAGGGGGCUUCUAGAAGUGGGUCCGCACUUGUCAUUGAUGCUCCAGAUGUGCAAGAACUGGGUUCAUCUUCUGCUGAGAUGUGAGUCGGUGCAUUGAGGGCAGCACCACAGAGUCUGGCAUUUGUUGGUCCAGACCAUGGGGUUUGGUGAUGGGCUUCGUGAAAACAAGGUCAUCUCAGAACCAGUGAGCUGCCCUUUUUGGGUUAUCAAUGCAGCUUUUUUCUUUUUCUUUCGAUUUUCUUUUUAGAUUGCAAAAGCAAUAUAUGCGCUCUUAAGAGUAAGAGGUCCAGCCCCUGUCUCCUGGCGGCUGCUGACACCCAGGGUGCAUCCAUUGGGGUCUUCGGGACCAUGCUGGCUUAAAGAGCUUGCUUUCAUCCUCUUUUGAGAGACCACGUGACCCCGUGUGAGCAAAGCCACCCUUGGGGACCCAUGUGCAUCAUCUUCUUUAAAUUUGAUCCUCGCCCUGUUUCCAAAAAUGCAUACAGGCUCAUCCUGGCAGCCAACAGGGACGAGUUCUACCACAGACCUUCCAAGUUAGCAGGCUUCUGGGGGAACAACAGCGAGAUCCUCAGUGGGCUCGACAUGGAGGAAGGCAAGGAAGGAGGCACGUGGCUGGGCAUCAGCACGCGGGGGAAGCUGGCAGCACUCACCAACUACUUGCAACCGCGCCUGGACCCGGAUGCCCGCGGCCGAGGUGAGCUUGUGGCCCACUUUCUGACCACCGACAUGGACAGCCUGACCUACCUGAAGAAGGUCUCCGCAGAGGGCCACCUGUACAAUGGCUUCAACCUCAUAGCCGCCGAUCUGAGCACAGAGAAGGGAGACGUCGUUUGCUACUAUGGAAACCGCGGGGACCCUGAGCCUGUUGUCCUGGCCCCAGGGACCUACGGGCUGAGCAAUGCUCUGCUGGAGACGCCCUGGAGGAAGCUGUGCUUUGGGAAGCAGCUCUUCUUGGCGGUUGUGGAGCAGAGCCAGGCCCUCCCCAAGGAUGACCUCAUUGCCCAGCUCCUGGACGUGCUCAACAACGACGAGGCGCAGUUGCCAGACCCAGCCAUCGAGGACCAAGGCAGGGAGUACGUGCAGCCCAUUCUGAGCAAGUACGCGGCUGUGUGUGUGCGCUGCCCGGACUAUGGCACCAGAACCAACACAGUCAUCCUCGUGGACGCUGAUGGGCACGUGACUUUCACAGAGCGCAGCAUGUUGGACAAGGACCCCUCCCGCUGGGAGACCACCACCCACGAGUUCAGGCUGCAGAGUUAACCUCCACCCCUAGGCGUGGCCGGGGGGCUCCUGGAAGGCCCUGCCUCAAGGGCCAUUGUGGAUGGGGACCUUCCACAGCCACAUGUACUGCCCAUGACUUGGCCACUGUCCCCCAGGACCAAGGCCCUCUGAUUUGUGUGUGAUCUAUCUGUGUCCCUGUGUCCAGCUCGGGGUCCACCCUUAUGCCAAUGAGAGUGACAGAGUCCCAUGGCUAGGGCUGGGGCAGGCCCAGUUGUGCUAUGCAUGUGUGAAUGCAUCUGGGCCUAUCCCCUGCCCCUGCACAGAAGCACAGGUGCAUAGGCACACACGUACACUCUUAGGGCAUGCACACAUGCUCAAGUGUGCCCAUAUUCCCAGGCAGACACAAACCCAAGUACCAGAUAGGCCUCUCGCACCCACACGUGCUUCUGGCUAGUGGGUCUUUGCUUUGAACAAUGUGACAGAAGUAGGCUUUUCUUUAAAAGUGGCCCCUCCUCUCCUGGGCGUUCCAGGUCCCGGCAAUCAGACCUGCUCUUGGAGGGGAAACAGGCCACAUUUGGGAUGAGGAAUGACAAAGACCUGGGAAGAACCCACUCUCAUAGCAUAUGCACAACCUGGUUGGUGGAUCUAGUGGUCCUGUGUGUGUUGGGGGUCCCAUGUGCAUGGGGUGGUCCUGUGGGAGGGGUGAUCCCCCAUGCACUGGGGGUCCUGUGUGUGCUAGGCGCCUCAGCAGGCUCUCAGGCCCCUGCCCACCCACUGGGAGCCGUGGGUUCUGGGGAGGCCCAGCUCAGUGAGGGGAUGCAGCCAGCCCCUGUCGUUUCCCUUCUCCUUGGGGAGUCAGACUUCACAGGAAUCUGUACUUGAAUGUGAGACAUUGGUAAUAAAACUUUCAUGCUGGAGUGAGUCAGUGCA